AUGUCCGUAUUAGGUUUAAAAAAUGUAUGUACUGCUCUACUACCCAUACUUACCUCAUCAAAAUAUAAAUAUAGUAUUCCUAAUUGUUAUUUGACCAUUGCAAAAUCUCUAGCAGUAUUUUUAGGCAUUACUGCUGUUAGUUUAACUAGUUAUGUACUCUAUCAGAUAUACAAAAAAAACGACGAAGAUGAACUGUUGGAUCACUACACAUCGAAUACCAGAGUUUUGGAAAUUAAAAUGCCCAAAGAAAUUAUUGGGAGUCUUAUUGGUAGGAAUGGCAGUAACUUGAAACGAUUACAAGACCAAUCAAAUACCAGGAUAAGCUUCAAAGAACUAGAUAACAAAAACGAGAAAAUUUGCCUAAUAAGAGGCGCAGCACACAAUUGCGAAAUUGCUUACAAUUUAAUUCAAGAUUUUAUCAAUAGCGAAGCAAUAAUGGAGAGCGAAGACUUUUGGGUACCAAUUGGCUGUGUAAAACAAAUUGUUGGUAGAGGCGGAGACAAAAUCAAAGAAAUUCAAAGUCUUUCCGGGGCUAAAUUAACUGUAUUUGAUGACGAAAAGGGUUUAUCUUCUAGAAGAAUCUCCAUUAAAGGAACAAGAGAGCAAAUAAUCGUUGCAAAAUCACUUAUAGAAGAUUUAGUGGUACAAUCUCAACAUAGUCGGCAAGUUAUUGAGGAAAGUUUAGCUAAGAGGGAACCUAGAUUACCAGCAAAAUCACCAGAAGCUGUAAAAAAAGAUAGUCCAAAAUGUGAGAGGAUGUCUCCAAUACCAGGUCAACCAGAUAAUCAAUUUGAAGUAUACGUUUCUGCAAUGGAAAACCCGUCAAGAUUCUGGCUGCAAAUAGUCGGUCCAAAAGCCACAGAGCUGGAUUGCCUAGUUGACGAAAUGACUGAGUAUUAUAAUAAAUCAGAAAAUAGAAGUAAUCACUGUGUAAAAGAUGUGCAGGCUGGCGAUCUUGUAGCAGCCAUUUUCCGUUAUGAUAGUAAAUGGUAUAGGGCCGAAGUUCUCGAAGUAAGUCAUGAAAAUAAUGAAAAAAUGGCAAAACUUUACUACGUAGAUUAUGGUGACACUGAUGUAUUUCCUUGCAAAGACUUGUAUGAGUUAAGAACUGACCUGCUAAGGUUACAUUUUCAAGCUAUUGAAUGUUUUUUGGCCAAAGUUGAUCCUAUGGGUGAUAGUUGGACAGAGGAAGCCAUUGAUCGGUUUGAGGAGUUGUGUCACGUGGCACAAUGGAAAAAGUUAUCAGCUAGGAUUAAUGGAUAUAUGGCUAAAGAGAAAAGCAGGACAAGGAGAGAAGGUUCACCAGUACCAGGGGUUGAUCUAUAUAACGUUACAUCCCAUGAAGAUAUCGACGUAGCCGAAGAACUGGUAAAGGCGGGUUUUGCAGUUUAUAAAAGAGGCUCAGAUUUGAGAUCGAACAGCCGAACUACGAGUACAAGCAAUAUUAGUGUUGCGUCCAGUUCUUAGCUGAAAAAAAUACAUUGGGGCAGCUGAAUUUUUAUCAACUUUUGAAUUUAAGUAUAAAAUGAAAUAUUGCAUAAGUGAAAUUAAAAUUUAUUACAUAAUUUGCCUCAUACAGUUAUUAAAAUGUAAGGAACACAUUGUUUUAAAUCUGGUUGCCAUUAUAUUUGUAUUUUUUCUCAAGAUGGAUUUUCGCAUUGAAAACUUUGAAACAUAAACAAUGAUUGGUCGCAGAAUGCCGUGUCCCUGCAGGUUGGAAUCAGUUUUACAAUGCACGUCGUGCAAAUGGCAUCUUGCGACCAAUAAGCGUCCCUAAGUUGAGUGUCAAAAAUCUUUCUUGGGAAAAAAUAGUUUAGUUUUAAUUUGAAAAAUCUUGACAGAGUAUUAUUUAUUUUUUAGAAAUUAUUUUUUAAGUUGUACAUUCUUUUUUAGGACAAAAUAAAUAAAAUCCUUUUUUUUUCUGCA